AUGGAUACAUUGGCUUUUGUGACGUCAUUACUGGGUCUUUUUUGCUUGUACACAGGUUUCGUUGAGGGUGGAAUAAGCGACGACUACGUUGGAAGUGGAGAAGCCCCAUAUAUCAUUGAACAACCUAUAGAUAUCACGGUAGCUCGUCACCAGCCUGCGACACUUAACUGCCGCGCUGGUGGCUCUCCAACGCCCAGCAUUCGUUGGUACAAGGCAGGAGUAUUAGUGGUAUCUGAUACGCACAGAAGUCUGCUGCCAGCAGGCGGAUUGUUCUUCUUGAGAGCCACUCAUGGAAGAGCUCAUUCAGAUGCCGGGGUUUACUGGUGCGAAGCUACCAAUCCUUUUGGUACUGCUAGGAGUAGAAAUGCUACCUUACAAGUAGCCGUUCUACGUGAAGAAUUCAGAUUAGAACCAGUAGCCACACAAACAGCACAAGGCGAAACUGUAAUACUCGAAUGCUUGCCACCGAGAGGAUUACCAGAACCAUCUGUUUUCUGGAAGAAGAACGGCCAAGUACUCCAUUUCGAUGGAGACUCAAGAAUGCACCUCGUAGACGGAGGCAGUCUCGUCAUCCAAGACGCGAGGCAGACGGACGCGGGCCGAUACCAAUGCAUCGCGAGGAAUGCGGCGGGCACCAGGGAAUCCACCAUCGCCACGCUCAAAAUACACAUUAAGCCUUACUUAAUCACGGGCCCCGAGGACGUCGUGGCACAGACUGGCGGUAGCGUGACGUUCCAGUGCCGGGUGGGGGGAGAUCCCCUCCCCGACGUAUUGUGGAGGAGGACGGCUGGAGGUGGAAACAUGCCCCUCGGUCGAGUUAAGGUUCUUGACGAUAGGAGCUUGCGGCUGAACCAUGUUAUUUUGGGAGAUGAAGGAGAAUACACAUGCGAGGCUGAGAAUUCAGUAGGUGCUGUUAGCGCUAGUGGCUAUUUAACUGUUUAUGACCCACCGUCAAUUAUGUUGAAACCGACUGCUAUAUCUGUAGAGAGUGGUUCAGUAGCAACAUUCUCAUGCUCGUCAUCAGGAAGACCUGAGCCGACAAUGUUUUGGAGCUUAGAAGGGAAUAGAACUAUUAUUUUUCCUGGCAUUUCCAAGGGCAAAUAUCACGCGUCAGCAGUUAUCCAUGGAGUCACUGUACUCACAAUCAACGUUACAAAUAAAAACGACAGUGGUAACACGAUAGUUUGUUCGGCGGUCAACUUCGCUGGCAGUUCGUUUGUUAGAGGGAAACUAAGCGUGACGUCAGACGAUGACCGCCCGCCACCAAUCAUAACAAACGGACCCUCUAACCAAACGUUACCUAUAAAAUCGAUGGCAGUUUUCCCCUGCACAGCGAUCGGUACACCUGAACCAAUCAUCGCUUGGUAUUUUGAAGGGGAAGCAUUAAUACAAAAUCAUAGAAGGAAUGUGUCUAAUGACGGUACCCUGAUAUUAAAAGAUUUAGAUAAGGGUGACAGUGGCACUUACACGUGUGUCGCCUCAUCUCCUCACGGUAAAUACGUAUGGAGUGGAACUUUAUUAGUUGAUAGCCCCAUAAAUCCGAACAUACACUUUUUUCGUGCUGCUGAUAUAUCGGCUUUGCCGGGACCACCGACGAAACCUCAAAUAUAUAACGCUACUGAUACAACUGUAACAUUAUCUUGGAACCAAAACAACAAAAUUGGAUCCUCUUCCAUACUUGGUUAUCAAAUAGAGGUAUUUUCCCGAGAGACCCUUACCGGGAACAACACGCCAAGGAACUCUAGAGGAUGGGUUGUACUAGCAAAAAAGAUUCAUGCAACACAAUAUGUGGUGAAAUCACUUACAGCGGGAAUCACUUAUAUGUUUAUUGUGAGGGCUGAAAAUUCGCAUGGUUUAUCAGGGCCCAGUCAAAUUUCUGAUUCUGUAACAGUUGGCGAGGAUGCAAAUAUGUUAUGGGAAACUGGUGUUUAUUCAAACAACACUGAAUUCAGAAAUAAUAUUUUGACUGACAACAUUGUCGAAUUGAUAGAAGCAACUCCGAUUGAUUCUAGAACGAUAAAACUUAUGUGGGAAAUCCUUAAUUUCUACUAUUUGGAAGGGUUAUUCAUAUAUUACAGGCCCUUAGACAAUAUGACGGUCGAAUACGAGAUGAAAACUAUUUUACAUUCCAACGAUGUCUCCGGAUAUGAAAUAACUUUUUUGAGAAAAUACACAAAAUACGAGUUUUUCCUCAUUCCCUUCUAUAAAAGAUUUGAAGGAAAACCAUCCAAUUCCAGGGUGGCUCAAACUUUAGAUGACGUGCCCGAUGGAGCUCCGAUGAAUAUAGAAAUGUAUAUUUUGAAUACAACGACAGUUCAUUUGAAAUGGUCCCCUCCGGAAUUGCAUUUACAAAACGGUAUAAUUACUGGCUACAAUGUUGUGGUGAACUGGUUAGACAUCCCUGCAAACAAAUCAAUGGUGGCUAUUAAUACAACUGUUCAACAGGCCACUAGUCUUAUUAUGACUAAUUUGACAUCUGGAGUCAGUUAUUCAGUACAAAUAGCAGCCGGCACAAUCGUUGGAUUAGGUCCAUUUAGCCAAAAAGUCUACCUCAAUAUUGAUUCACGAUCUGUCGGGCUGGAUCCUUUGUCGAGAUAUCCAAUAAAUGGGGAAGUAUCUAUAGUGGCUGGGGACUUUGUGAUGGAAACAUGGUUUUACUUUUUGAUAGGAGCUAUAAUUCUGUUCAAAAUAAUUGUGAUUGGCGGCAUUAUUUACGUAAGAAGGAAUAACAUAUUUACCAAGAAGACUGCCCUACCGAACAUUUAUGAUUCCAAUGGAACGAGUUUAGUCACGCAGAUGAACAUUAAGGCGGCAGUGUCUCUGUCACAUCCACUGAGCAGCUGUUACAAUAAGAACACGGUGACUAAAACUGAAUCAUUGUUAUGGAUGGAGAACCAACCCGGACUUUGCAUGUCCGGUGGCCAAACAACACAAGGAAAGGAGAAGGCCAAUUCUGAAUACGAUAAAGUUACCCCACAAUUGCCCGAAUACGCGGAAGUGACGUCUUCAAGGGUCAAUGCUAACGAUUGGAACACUAGUAAAACUGCCAACUCACCGGCAGCUUAUGCGUCUGUAACUUUAGUUGCUAAUACAAGGCAGUGUGUCAGUUCAUUGGGCUGGUUUCCGUCCGGUGGCAAAAAUGUUGAUAAUUACGAAAACCGGUACGCACCUGACGAGGAACUAUACCCAGCAAGUAACGGAGGCUAUUACAACAGAAACGUGUACAGCGAAAAAUACUUCCAAGGGCAUCCCAACGUGUUAAAGUUUUAUGAUUUACCCUCUUUAGAUAAAUCUCAGAAAGCUCAAUUGAGAUACAAUCCUAGUAUAGAUGAGCGAAAAGGUGAAGCGGCGAAGACUGAAGCGGCACAAUCGUUGAUAGGCCGCACCUACGGUAUGAGUUCCAGAAAGAAUUCUGAAUCGGAGACAACUUACAGAGCCUUCGGUGAAGACGAGUCGGAAGAUGAAAACUAUGUUGAAGACGGUGGUUACGAUGAAUUGCACGCUAUGCAGCCGCAGCGGCAAAGGCCUCAACACCAAUACGAAAGGCCUAAUUUUGAUAGCGACAAUGCAAGAACGUUGGCGAGACUGACGUCAUUUAGACGCGGUCAGAAACAGAGUGGCGCUUCCCAGACGUCGCUCGCUCCAUCGCAUGCACCCCCGGCACCCAAUCUUCGGGUGGACUCAGUGACGCGGUAG